AUGAGAAUUAUCAAUUUUUACACGAAUUUUCAAGUGGUUGAGAUUGGUCGAGUGAUCUCAGUUAGAGAUGAGAUUGCACGUAUUUAUGGGUUGAACGAGAUUCAAGUUAGGGAAAUGGUUGAAUUUGCUAAAGGGCGUGUGGUAGACACCUUGGGAGUACCUAUUGAUGGGAUAGAGGGUCUAAGCGAUCACGAGCGAAGACGUGUCGAAGUGAAAACCCAUGUGAUUAUUGAAUGUAAAUAUGUGCAUGACCCUAUGAAUACUAGGUUAACAGCAGUAGAUAGCUUGGUUCCUGUAGGCCGUGGUCAACUAGAACUUACAAUCAGGGACCGAAAAAUCGGAAAAACAACUAUUGCUAUCGAUACCAUAUUAAACCAAAAGCAAAUGAACUCAAGGGGCAACUAUGAGAAAGCGAAUGUUAUGGAAUAUUCCAUUCUUGUAGAAGCCACCGCUUCGGAUCUUGCUCCUCUGCAAUAUCUAGCCCCAUAUUUUGGCUGUGCCAUUGGGGAAUAUUUCCACGAUAAUGGAAUGCAUGCAUUAGUAAUCUAUGAUGAUCCUAGUAAACAGGCAGUGGCAUAUUAG